UAAAAUAUAGGAAGAGAGGGCCUACAAACAACCACCACCCCCGCUUGUCCGGGGAAGUGGAACCUCUCUCUUCUCUGUAAACACAAAUCACCAGGGCACUCUGCAAAAACCCCCCAAAACCUUCACUUUCUCUUCAAGAAUCGCUUGUUUUCUGUUGCAAUUCUCUCUCUCAACAACUGCAUUUAGCUCAAAGAGAAAGAUCUCUUCUCCUCCAUUUUCAAUCUGCAUUGAUCAGUUCUUUGUCAGCUGCGGUUCUUCUACUUCAUUUUGGUAUCUUUGUUGUGUUUUCUUUGAACCCUUUAUUGCGUUGAUGUAAGAACAGAGGUGGGGUUAUUGAAUUUUCUGUUUCUGGGCAUUUCUGGUUUCUGGGUUUAGUGUUGAUUGAUAGUGAACUUCUACCCUGUGUGUGUGUCUAUUGUUGAAUUCUUUCUUGGGUUUGUUUGAUCAAGAUUGAAAUUUUAGUGUUAUUUGUUCGAAAUUCAGGAAAAUCGAAUUUGGGGUUUUCUUUUAGUGUUGAAAUAUUGGAGUUCUUGUGUGACUUAACGAUUUGGGUACAUUUCAAGUUGUCUAGUUCGAAUUUUCGAUCAGCUGUUAGCUGUACUUUUUAUAGUUUCUUGUGUGAAGAAGGAAAUGAAGGAUGUUUUCUUGGUUGGUAAGGACAGUAUCAGCUUGUUGGCGACCUUUAAGUCGAUAUGUCCCUAUGAGCAAGGAUGAAGAUGAUGUUCUGGGAGGUGAAGAUGACCCAUUGCUAUGGUGUAGAGAUCUUGAGAAACAUUCAUGUGGGGAGUUCUCCUUUUCUGUGGUCCAGGCUAAUCAAGUAUGUGAAGAUCAUAGCCAGGUUGAUACAGGUCGUGAAGGUACCUUUGUUGGGGUUUAUGAUGGCCAUGGUGGCCCUGAUGCUUCAAGAUUUGUCCGUGAUCACCUUUUCCUUCAUUUAAUAAAGCUUGCUCGAGAAAAUGCAACAAUAGAUGAAGAAGUCCUUAAAAAUGCCUUUGCUGCAACUGAAGAUGGCUUCCUUUCUCAUGUGAGAAGGGCAUUUGGUAUUACACCAUCAAUUGCGUCUAAGGGGUGCUGCUGUCUGGUUGGUGUUAUCUGGAAAGGGACAUUAUAUGUUGCUAACCUGGGGGACUCUAGAGCAGUAUUAGGUCAUAUAGGAAGAUCCAAUAAGAUUGUUGCUGAGCAAUUGACUAAGGAUCAUAAUGCCAGUAUCGAGGAGGUUAGGAAGGAACUGAUGUCUUUGCACCCAGACGAUUCACACAUUGUGGCUCAUGUCGAGGGAACAUGGCGCGUUAAAGGCAUUAUACAGGUAUCUAGAUCAAUUGGAGAUGCAUAUCUGAAGAAGACAGAAUUUGCUCUUGGUCCAGAUUUCCCACGAUUCCACCUUAAAGAACCUCUUAGGCGGCCAAUACUAAGAGCUGAUCCAUCUGUGUGUUCAAGAAACUUACAACCAGCUGAUAGAUUUCUUAUAUUUGCUUCUGAUGGGCUGUGGGAACUCUUAAGCAAUCAAAAGGCUGUGGAAAUUGUGCACAACAACCCUAGAGAGGGCAUAGCUAGAAGACUAAUUGUAUCGGCCCUGGAUGUGGCAGCACGUAGAAGAAAGUUGAAGUAUGAUGACCUUAAGAAGUAUGACAAAGGUGUCAGGAGGGCCUUUCAUGAUGAUAUAACAGUCGUUGUCGUCUUUAUGGAUCACGAGAUACUGAAUGACGAAUUACCUGUGCCUGAAAUGUCAGUUCGAGGAUUUGUAGACACUCAUGGACCAUCAGAUUUUAAUAUUCUGCAAGAGGUUGCUACGAAGACGAACUCACACAGCUGAAACAUACCAAACAAGUUGUUGACACUUCUUCUUUUCUAGGGAAACCUAGAUGUGGGAAGUUUCUGACCUCCCAUUUUCGCCUUGUUUUACCAAUUUAUAUUUGAUAUACAGUCCAGAUGACAGCAAGACUAUCAGGUUACCUGCUUUUUACCCAUAUGCCACCAUCCCACAGGUCAUGGGCAACCUACUUUGUCUAAAUUUUGGAAUGUACACAAAUUCUGUACAAAGACAUACUGAGGAAACUGCCUCCUAUUGUUUGUUUACCACAAUAUCUGUCAAAGUAAGGCCAUAAAAGUUGGCAUUGUCAUCAAGAAAAGAAAUACAUGCUGUUUCAAGAUUUAUGCA